CAAACCCUCUUUACUUGCACCCUAAUCCUCUCUUUUCCUUCACUGCUCUCUAUCUCUCUCACACAAUGAGCACCGAAACUCCAACCCGUAACAGGGUGAACUUUGCUACACCAAGAAGUUUCGGAGCAACCAUGAAAUCCCAUCUCAAAGAAACUUUCUUCCCUGAUGAUCCAUUCAGGCAGUUCAGGAAUGAAAAAUCUGGUCUCAAAAAACCACUGCAAUACUUUAUUCCAAUCUUUGAAUGGUUACCCAAUUACAGUCUACGCUUGUUUAAAUUUGAUUUGCUCUCUGGUAUAACCAUUGCCUCCCUUGCCAUUCCUCAGGGGAUCAGCUACGCAAAACUUGCCAAUCUUCCUCCUAUAAUUGGCCUGUACUCAAGCUUUGUCCCUCCUCUCAUUUAUGCCGUUUUCGGAAACUCGAAGCACCUGGCGGUUGGGACGGUUGCUGCUUGUUCAUUGCUGAUAGCUAAUACCAUUGGAGAAGAAGUUUCUCAUAAAGAUGAUCCAACAUUGUAUCUUCACUUGGUUUUCACUGCAACUUUCUUCACUGGAAUUUUUCAGACUCUUCUGGGUCUUCUGAGACUGGGGAUUCUGGUGGAUUUCUUGUCGCACCCAACCAUCACAGGCUUCAUGGGAGGAACUGCAACUCUAAUCUGCCUGCAACAGCUCAAAGGCAUAUUUGGUUUGAAGCAUUUCACCACCAAAACUGACGUCGUUUCUGUCCUCCAUGCGGUUUUCCAGAAUAGAGAUGAGUGGAGGUGGCAGAGUGCAGUUGUGGGAAUUAUCUUCCUUAUUUUUCUCCAAUUCACUCGGUUCGUGAGGAAGAAAAGGCCAAAUCUGUUUUGGGUGUCAGCCAUAGCUCCAAUGGUGGUGGUCAUAGUUGGGUGUCUUUUCGCCUACUUUGCUCAUGCUGACAAACAUGGAAUCCAAAUAGUGGGUCAUCUCAGCAGAGGUCUCAAUCCUCUAUCUAUUAAACAUUUAAACUUUGAUUCUCAGUAUAUACCUGUGACAUUGAAGGCUGGCCUCAUCACAGGCCUUAUUGCUUUAGCUGAAGGGGUAGCUAUAGGAAGAAGCUUUGCCAUAAUGAAAAAUGAACAGGUUGAUGGGAACAAGGAGAUGAUAGCUUUUGGCCUAAUGAACAUUGUAGGCUCCUUCACUUCAUGCUAUUUGACCACUGGUCCAUUCUCAAAAACUGCAGUGAAUUUCAAUGCAGGGUGUAGGACAGCAAUGUCUAACGUAGUAAUGGCAAUCUGUAUGAUGCUUACGCUAUUAUUGUUGGCUCCACUCUUCAGUUAUACUCCUCUGGUUGCUCUAUCUGCCAUCAUCAUGUCUGCAAUGCUUGGACUCAUUGAUUACCAGGAAAUUUAUCACCUCUUCAAGGUUGACAAGUUUGAUUUUCUCAUUUGCAUGGCUGGUUUCCUAGGAGUUGCCUUCAUAAGCAUGGACCACGGCCUCAUGAUGUCGAUUGGUCUUGCUUUGGUGAGGACACUACUAUAUGCUGCAAGGCCUGCUACCUGUAAGCUUGGAAAAGUACAAGAUUCAUGCGUGUACCGGGACACAGAGCAGUAUCCUGGAUCGACAAGUGUCAAUGGAGUCCUAGCCUUGCAACUUGGUUCUCCUGUCUACUUUGCCAACUCCAAUUACAUAAGAGAGAGGAUUCUCCGCUGGAUUCAAGAAGAAGAAGACAUUUCAAAUGCUAAGGAGUCUGUUGUUGAGCAUGUCUUGCUAGAUUUGUCGGGUGUUACUUCCACAGAUACAACAGGCAUUGAAACACUCAUUGAAAUAAGCAAAAUGUUGCAAGCAAAAAGCAUUAAGCUUUCGAUUGUAAACCCUAGACUGUGUGUUAUGGAGAAAAUGAUACGUUCACACUUUGUGGACAAGAUUGGAAAGGAAUCCAUAUUUCUGUGCAUUGAAGAUGCAAUUGAAGCAAGUUUAUUUUCAGAGAAAAGACAAGUCUAGAUUGAGCUGUGGUGAUGACAAUAUCAUCUACUGUAUAAUAUCAAUGUUAUGUAGUCUUAUAACUUAACAAAAUUAAGGAGAUAAUCAAAUUGCACAAUCAGAUUGUGCAUUUCUUAAGCUUAUGUACUAGAGCUGCUUUGUCUUAUGCCAGCUUUCUACGUUGGGAAACUCCACCAGUUUGAGCUUCUUUGCUUGGAGGUAUUAGUUAAUCAAUGCAAUUUCUAUUUUGCUUUAGUGAAAAAAAAAAAAGAAAAAGAAAAAGGGCAGGAUAGAGAUGUUCAUGGAGACAUUGGAUUGGUAUAUCCUGAAUCUUGAUAAUCUCAGUAAUUUCUUUUAGUCUUUUUCA